UCAAAGUGGCUGGUGCAGAUUUGGUGCUCUGUAUAACGUACAAGUUUGACCUAGAUUCUUAGAGUUUCCAGUUCAUGAGAUAAUACAGUUAAUUUCGGUGGAUUUAGCACAGUUCGCUCUGUUAUCUGCUGUGACAGUGGGAAGAAUCACCCUCGACGUGGACGUGGUCAGUUGGCGUGUCCCGACUUGGAGUGACGGCUGUGCAGUCCUAUGAUUCCUCCUAAACAUUUUUGCACUGGCCCGUUUUCUAACAAACUAUAUCGCUAACUUCAUUGUAUCGUGACCUAUUUACACCUUCGUCGGAAGUUGAGGACGGCCGGGGUUCAAGAUGUCUGUAGCGGGCUUGAAGAAACAGUUUUAUAAAGCCAGCCAGAUGGUAAGUGAGAAAGUUGGAGGUGCUGAAGGAACUAAACUAGAUGAUGACUUCAGAGACUUGGAACGGAAAGUAGAUGUGACCAGUAAAGCGGUAGUGGAGGUAAUCUCCAAAACAUCAGAGUACCUUCAGCCCAACCCAGCAUCUCGGGCCAAACUGUCCAUGUUGAACACCAUGUCUAAGAUCCGUGGUCAGGUGAAGAAUCCAGGCUACCCUCAGGCGGAGGGGCUGCUGGGAGAGUGUAUGGGCAAGUAUGGACGGGAACUCGGAGAGGACACUAACUUUGGUGGAGCACUAGUAGAUGUUGGAGAGGCCAUGAAGAGACUGGCAGAAGUCAAAGACUCUCUAGAUAUCGAUGUCAAACAGAACUUCAUUGAUCCAUUGCAAGGGCUGUGUGACAAGGACCUCAGAGAGAUACAGCACCACCUGAAGAAGCUGGAAGGCCGUCGCCUUGACUAUGAUUACAAGAAAAAGCGUCAGGGCAAGAUCCCAGAUGAGGAGGUUCGACAGGCCCUGGAGAAGUUCCAUGAGUCAAAGGAAGUGGCCGAGACGAGCAUGUACAACCUGCUGGAGACUGAUAUAGAGCAGGUGAGCCAGCUCUCGUCUCUGGUGGAGUCCCAGCUGCAGUACCACAGACAGGCUGUGCAGGUGCUGGAGGAGCUUUCUGACAAACUCAGAGACAGGAUGAAUGAUGCUCAGAGUCGGCCUAGACGUGAAUACACACCUAAACCCAAGCCCAUCUUUGACUUCGGAGACGACAACCAUUCAAAUGGCGGCUACUCAACCUCGAUGGCAAUGCCACCUUCACGCAACUCGGCCCCGGAGCAGCCGAGCUGUAAGGCGCUGUACGACUUUGAGCCGGAGAACGAGGGAGAGCUGGGCUUCCACGAGGGCGACAUCAUCACCCUCACCAAUCAGAUCGACGAGAACUGGUACGAAGGGAUGCUGAACGGCCAGUCGGGAUUCUUCCCCCUCAACUAUGUCGAGGUCCUCGUUCCGUUGCCACACUAAUACAAAGAGAGCGAGAGCACCGAGGAGGAGACUGAUGGAGAGGAGGAGGAGAGGGAGAGAGGAAUUAGUAGAGAGGGAGGGAAGUGAAGCCAAGGGAUGGUCCGCAGAAUAUUCAUUUUCACCUUCAGCUCCAGCGUCAUCAUCAACGACGAGCACUUCUUGUCAUCUGGAGCUCUGGAGAAGAUGGUCACAUUUCAAAGUCCAGACCAGAAUAUCAACCUGUUCCACCCACAGGUAAACGGAUGUAAGCUGGACACAAAAUGUCUUUACUCGUUAUCUGGCAGUCACAGACCGUUCUUGAGGACUAACUAAUGAGACAUUUAUGAGCAAUAUUUUUCUUUAACCACAAAUUACUGAUAUAGAAAAGACAAUUCCUAAUGAAUCUGGUGAUUAAGAUGACUGGGGCGACACAUUCAUAUCAUCCUUUUUGUGUGACUGCAGUCGGUUUUAAACUCAGGUUGGUCACCAACAUAACAGUCAGUUUUCAGACCGAAGGCCAACUCAAACCUCACCGUAAACGUCAUGUGCAACUCGACUGAAUUAUUAUCCUCAUUUCAAAGCCGAAAACCUUGUUCGUGCCCCCAUAAGGGCUGGAGCUCAUCUGUUGAUGCCACCUGCUGGCAAGACUGAGAAUUACGUCUACCAAAACUAAAAUGGAACUACACACAGCUAGAAAUGUGAUUUAACAAGUUGGAUCUAAAGAAGAAGAAAGAAAUACUGAAAAGUCGAUAUCUUCAUAUUUUUAAUGAGAAACAGGAGCUGAAAUUAGCCUCAGAUCUGUGAUUUAGAACAUCUUCAGGUUCUCUUUGUAAUGCUCUUUUUAAAGCUCUAUGUCUAAGCUGUGCACUGAUGAUAGCUCCAGAAGUCAACAGGCCUGAUACAGUGGUUUCCUUACGUUGUUUCAGUAUUUGAUUGAUGUUAGUCUCUGCGUACAACGGUAGUUUUAAAAGUAGAACAUCUUUCUGAAUUUGUGAGAAAAUUGCACCUUGGUCCUCAAAUGAGAUUGAUGCUUGUGUGACUGACUUACUCCACCAACACACACAGACCCCAAAGUUAAAUGCAGACGUUGCACCUUUUUGUCACUUAUGGCAGGCGUGUGUUUGUUGUGUAGAGAUGCAGAAUGAUUUGUUGUUAGGUGGUUGUCUGUUCAAUAGAGGAAACAGAGCCAAAACGUUUCUAAAAUGCAAUAAAAACAUAUCGCUCGCUUGUUAAACUGCUAACUAUUCUGUAUCACAGCCAUAUAUUCAUUUAGUUUUGGGUCUGUUUGUCUUCGCAUGUUAAGCCUGUUCUUUUUUUUUUUCGGUCUUUUGAGCCCAGUUUUAGGCGCCCGUUAACUCCAUGCAGUGCCUGAAUAGAUGACGCUGCUGGCAGCGACUCAGUCUUUCAUAUUCAUCACUAACUGUCCCUCUAUUUCUGUCUGCCCUCGCGUCUUUGAGAAUGUGAAACUGCUCUGUGCUUUGAAACGUAUUCUGUAUUCCCCGUGAUUCUGGCGAUUCUCAACGGCUCUGAUUGGAUUUAUUUUUUUCGUACAUGGGGCUGUGGGAUGUAGACAGGUGUCCUUCCUGUUUAAUCUGUUCAGACAAGGCUGGCUUCUUGUUCAGGAUUUAGCCACAGCCCACGCCUGCAGGUGGAGUCUUUUUCAACGUACACUGUACAGUAUGAGGGAAAGACCUGGAGUGAAAGGGAAAACAUCGAGGGAAAAACAAGCUGUUGUCCAUUUUGACUCUUUUGGAGAACUUUUGCUAGCAACGUGAAUCCUUACCAGAUGAAAUCAGCCCAGCUGAUUCUGAAUUGUUUGGUGGGAUAAAUGUUUUAAUUGUGAACGACGAAUGUGUUCUCGUUCACUGUUUGCAGUAUCUUUCUGCUACGUUUCCCCUCUUCUUAUCUGUGUUUGUCCAUCACUCCGCGCUGCCAAACCCUUCCCCCACUCGCGAGUUUGGUCCUUGUCUAAUAUGUUUACAUUUCCGAUCUUACUACAUUUCAGUGCUUGUAUCAAGUUCAGGGCGAAGUUUAAGGACUGUAGGUUGUGCUGUCUGGAUCACACUGUUAUAAAAACAAAAGUCCUUGAUAGCUUUGUUUUAGUGCCUUUGAUAAAGAAAGGAGGGGAAGUACUGCAACUAAUACAGCAACCAAAACCUAAUCCAGCUACUUAAGAGAAUGGUUAAGAAUUUCUUCUCUACUUUUGGUUUUAUUUCUAGCCGUUGGCACUUUCCUGUGUAAAGAGAAAUGCAUGUGUGCACGUUUCCAGCACAUUUCUGACACUACAAGCAGUUUCCUGGACAUGUGUUGUUUGUUAAUGUGAGGUUCAUCAGCAGACCACAAGGGGAAACUGUAUUUUUAUGUAGAUUUUAAUUCAUGUUUGAAAAAAAAAAAUGUCCCACUGAUUUCUUUUUUUUAAAGGGCUAUGUAUUUGUUUAAUCAGUCUUAAAUGCUCCUUUGAACAGCAUUAAAUCAUUCGGGCUCUCGAUAGUAUUAUUUUUUUUAUAUACAAGACCUUAAAACAUUUAAAUUAAUCUUUGCAUGUAGUCCUAUAUUACACCUUGUAAAUGUAAGUCUUAGAUUUAAGUUGCCUUUUUACUUUUGGUAUGAGUACAGAAUUUAACCGCAAUAUUUUGUCUUUUAUUAUCAAAGUCUUUGUACGUGCUUCUUUCUUGUCCCCCACCUCCCCCUUCUUACAAUAAAUAAAAGAGAAAAAUGUG